AUGGAGGUCAACCCCUACGUGUUUAAGAGCCUGGUGCAGAUCUAUGAGGAGUACCUCAACCUGAUCAUACACCGGGUGAAAGGUUACAAAGUGCUAAUCCUGGACGACGAGACGAAGACGAUCAUUUCGCUUAUCUUCUCCCACUCAUACAUCCUAGAAAAGGAGAUCUUCCUCACGUUGAAUUUUAACGACAGCAACAUUUUCGAAGAUGCGACGAACAGCGGUGGAAAAAAUGACAAGUUUGACUUCAAGAAUUACAAAAUAAAAAAUCUGAAGCAUCUUAAGGCCAUUUUCCUUUUAAGGCCAACACACACCAACAUCCUGAAGUUAAUGAAGGAGCUGAGGAGGCCAAUCUUCCUAGAGUACUACCUCUUCUUCACCAAUAUUCUGAGCGAUAAGUACACAGAGAAGCUAGCCAAGGCGGAUGAAUUCGAAGUGGUAAAGAACAUCAUGGAGUAUUACAUAGAUGCCUAUGUCCUCCAUGAUAAUUUAUUUUCCCUAAAUAUCGACUACACGUCUUUUUUGUACAAAAGUGAUGAUAAGCAUUGCCUCUCCAUGGGAUAUACAGCUAGAAACAGGAGGAGGAAAAACAGAGGUCCUUUUGUGAAAAAUGCGCAAGGUAUGCACUGGACUGAUGGGAACUACGACUUAGGGGGAGGUAGAAACAAAUAUGAUAAGCUCACGAUUGAUGAGUUUGGACAAAUUGGAGAAGGAAAUGGGGAUCCAUUCUCAAAUGCACAACUUCAAAAUAGUAGCGAUUACAACGCCAGCACCAUUGUCGAUGAUGAUGUGAGCAACUACUCCAGCUUUUCGCUGUUCGAGAAUCAAGUGGUGCAGAGGAUAGUGGACGGAGUCUUCUCCCUUCUCUGCUCCGUUAAGCAGGUUCCCGACAUCAUCUAUAAUAGAAACUCCCCCAUUUGUAAGCACAUAAUCGAUUUGUUAAAAAUUAAGAUGCUAAGAAACGAGUCUGUUUUUUCUGGUGUGUUAGAUUCGUACGAAAGGUACAAUGGAGAAGUGGAGAGGCAGAUAAAAAUGGCUAGUCAGGAGGGCGAACAUAGUAACUACCAGUUUAAUAGCAUCAUCGGGAAUCAGGCUGCCAACAUGGGGACAGAGGGGAACUGCUGCUAUAUGAUAAUUCUAGACAGAAGGGAAGACCCCAUCACUCCGCUGCUAACCCAGUGGACCUACCAAGCGAUGCUGCACGAACUCAUCGGCAUAGAGAAUAACAAAAUCAAUUUGGGAGACAACUCAGAAGAAUCUCAAAUAGUGAUGUCCUGCAUCUAUGACGAUUUUUACAAUGAGCAUCUGUUUGACAAUUUUGGAGAUCUCGGAAAAGCAGUCAAGACCUAUGUUGAUGUGUACCAACAGGAGACCUCUCGAAAGAGCAACUUAGAAUCCAUAGAUGAUAUUCAGAAGUUUAUAGAGAUUUAUCCAAAUUAUAAGAAGCUGUCUGGGAAUGUUACCAAGCAUGUAAAUAUCCUUCACAAGUUUGCCGAAAUUGUAGAGAAGAGACAGCUAUUUUACAUGUCCGAGCUAGAACAGUCCAUCGCCAUUUACGACAAAAAAGGUGAACACUUCAAGCAGGUCAUCGAGACGAUAAGAAAUGACACGUACACUAAUUAUGAUGUGUUACGGCUGUCCCUGCUGUACAGCCUCAAGUAUGAAGACGAAGACGAGGUCGAGAUGAUAAAAACAGAGUUAACCAAACGGAACAUAGACAAAGAUCAAGUGCUACUCAUAGAUGCCUUACUAAUGUAUGCCAGUGAAGAAGCGAGGAAUAAUCAGCUAUUCAAAGAGCAGACCUUCUUAGACUUUGCAAAAACGACGAUAACGAGAACGAUAAAAGGAACCUCCAAUGUUUUUACGCUACACAAAUCAUACAUUUAUUACCUCAUUGAAGAUUUGAUGAAAUCCAAGCUGGACAAUCACACGUAUACGACGACCAACUUGCUCAACAUCGAACCCAAUGUGAAUAAGCGAGUCUACUCCAUGAUCGUAUUCUUCAUCGGGGGGGCCACCUACGAGGAGUACCGCGACCUGCAGUACCUGAGCAAGCGGUACAACAUUCCCUUUCUGCUCGGCGCCACGCAGCUCCACAACUCGCAGUCCUUCCUGGCGGAUGCGCUGCAGCUGGUUAAAGAAUGA